AUGCCGUUCUCUUGGUAUGAUAGUGAGAAUGUGAAGAUUGUAAAGGAAGCCAUCAAUACAAAGUCUUCUAAUUGCAUAGAUGCUUAUCAGGCGUUACUUCGACACUGCGCAACUGGACGGUUAUCUUUCGCCGAAUUAUUGGAUGCAUCCAUGAAGGAAAUGGGCGAAUCGGUUAAGAAAUGUAUGAAUUUUGCAAAUGUUCUUCUAAUGCUCUAUGAUUUUUUUGGAACGUCUUUUUCUGAUGCUCUAAAUAACGAGAAACUCCAAAAACGUUUUGAAGAGAUUUUAAUAUCUAUGAUUCCGAUAAAUAAUUUGGCUUCUCGAAAAUUGGCCUGGCUAAUGAAGUCUAUUUUUCCGAAAUCGGAAAGCGGCUUGUUGGGACUUUGUCAUUUGGAAGGAAUUAAUCUGUCAUCUUGGAUUCCAGAACUGUCUGCUGCCGAUUUAAAUAGGCUUCUAAGGAAUGCUCAUAAUGAAAGCAAAGAGGAUAAUACAAUUGAUUCUAUUAAACGGAAACUUUCUCAAAUGAAUGAUAUAAGGGAAGCUCAAAUAACAAAAAAACGUGUUGGCGAAUAUAUCGUAUUAUUACAGAGAGACCAUAAGUUUAUACAGAAUGUUAUGGAUUCUUUUAUUCCCCUUGAACAUAAAGAAAAUCCUUUGGAAGAACUUUUGAAACACGCAACCGAGAUUAUGGAUCAAGUCAAUGCUCUUCUGGCUGCAUUGGAAUCGGAUCGUGAACCGUCAGGCACGCGAAAAGAAGACCCUGAAAGCAAGCAAGAACAGUCACCUUCCGACUUGUAUCGAAUAUUCGAAAAGAAGUUUAUCGAUUCGUAUGGUAAACCAGAGGAAAUGCGGAAUUUCGAAAAUUCGGUUAGAUCUGUCGAAGAUAAAGAGACUUUGAAUAGAAUUAAAGUAUAUCCUCUAGAGCGCAUUUCGAGGAUCAAAGAUGAUUAUGAGACUUUGAAUGAGCUGCGUAAGAAAACAAAUAUCCAGCAUGAAUUGGACACAAGAGCGCAAGAAAUAUUUGAUUGGUCUAAAAGAAUGAAACGGGAAAUCGAUCAUAUGACGGUAUAUGCAAUACUUCAUAUAUGUUAUUUUCAUGAUAAUAAUGAAGUAUCUUAG